CAGGCAUCAAAUUGAACCUGACUAAAACUCUGACCGCCUGUGAGCAAGUGCCAAUCACUGAAGCGAGGGCCAAUUAAAAACGACUAUUUCAAUUCCGCCUUCACCGAUAACUAUUGCUUUCCAGCUCUGAGUACAGUUUCAGCUCAUAGUUAGUAACAGAGGCACUGGCUAGCAGAAUCAGCCAGGGCUGAACCCAAACCAAAACAACUUGCACAUAAACAUCAGUAAGGAUUUCUCUGUGUGACUCUACCCAAACCCCAGCCACCCCCUCAAACACACACACACGAGGAAGUGAGCAGAUGAAAGAACACUGAUCAAGGGGCAGAAGAAGCUAAGUAUGGAUCUUCAGGGCAACAUAAGCUCCCGGCUCCUGGUCUGGACUGUCAUCCUGCUUGUCAACACUGUAACACAAGGAAACACUGUGUGGAAAGUUAUGCUUCGAGGUUAACACGUUCGACUUCUGGCAUUCAAUCUCAUCGGCUCAGGCGACAGUGCUGAAGGUCUCAAGCGACCACAUGGUCUACAUGUGUCCCGAGGGGGUGAAUGUUACCUUUAAUUGCAGCCUUUCUGGACACCUCAAGAACAGGCAUGAUUCCUUGGCCAAGCUUUGGUACUACAGCCGCAGCAAGAACGCUCUGUGCAAGGAGAGGAUGCACAUCCGUAACACCACGGUCAUGUGGGAGAACCACAAUCCGAACAAGGGCCGAGGGGUCUACAUGAACUCCAAUCACCAGGGUGUGUUCUGGGUCAGCCUCAGUAACCUGGUCCCAGAUGACGAGGGCGUUUACUGCUGCGUGGUGCACGAGCUACACCGAUCACAGCCAAACGCACACCACCCGAAAGUCGAGCUGACUGUGUACGGCACCAUGGAGCUCCAGGUCAUCCCAGGAAAUGGAACUCACACCUCUAAUCAGAAAUGUACUUUUCGUGAUCCUACUGUCAUAUCAGAUUCGGAAGCCACCACAGCUGCUGCUCUCGCCACCAUGGGAUGUGUCAUUGGCAUCUUGUCUCUGCCCUUGAUUCUGCUCCUCAUUUACAAACAGAGGCAGGGUGCAGCCACCAGGAGAAGAGCCCAUGAGCUUGUCCGAAUGGACAGUGAGGCUAUUGGUGUGGAGAAUCCAGUAUUUGAGGAAAUUACAGCCCAAAAUUCUGAAGUGAAACCGAGGACACUGGAUAUUCGUCGCCUUCCAUCAGACUCCGACCGCCAUCUCCUCUCUGAACCCAACACUCCACUUUCUCCUGAGGCAUUACCACGGUUUUUCCCAACACUCGAACUUGUGCCUGACUCCCCAAAGUGAUGCAAACAUAGAGUGGAACGGUCCAUGUUUUGGAUCAAAACCAUGGAAGCAGAUGAACAGAAGUUGGUCUGAUCACAGAAAACAAUGACAAACAGAUACAAAAUGAAUUACAUUCCACUCGUCUAAUUUCCAGUAGCUUUAUGCAUUCAUUAGGCCAUGCUGGAAACUGCAAAUCAAAGAUCUUUUUAAGGUAACUGUGAAUUUCAACCGAGACGCAUAUUAAGGAAAAUGUAGGGACACAUUCAGCACAAGCUAUGCUUUAAUGGACAUUCCGUACCUUUCACUUGUGGGGGUGAGUGAACACAAUUAUCAACCAGUCAUGCGACAACACGCUUGAGUUUAUUGGUGUAAAUUAGCUAAACUGUUUACAAACUAAGUACUUAGCUAGUGUACUGUCUGUCUGCUGAUACCCAGACAGGUCUGUCCUCUCUCCUCUCCUCCUGACCCACAAUAACCAGACAGGCAUACCAUCACUCAUUCCAUCAGCCCCUCAAAAACCCAGAUUCUGAGCGAGACCCAGCCUCCGGGACAAAGGAAAUACUCAGAAGAAUGUAAGCAGGAGCAGAUCAUACCAGUGUUCGGGUCUGCUCCACCAUGCCAAACAACUAGGGCUGCUCACUGGCCUCAAGCCCAAGGUGAUGAGCUCAGAUGGAGUUGUCCCCAAUUGGAUCUGACAGACUAGUGUUCAUGUACAAAGGGCUCAACUCGCUGCUUUCAAGGAGAUGAUUUGAUUAAGUCAAAACCUACACUUCACAAUCCUGCACCACGUCAGUAUUUUUUCCAAAUGUACCUUUCCAGGAAAUUUUAACCCUUCGUCACUUGGCCUGUUUCUGGCCAUGUCAACAUGGACAUAGUUUGUGCCCGGGUGGGUUGGGAUGAGAGAAGAGAAAAUGGAAAGAGGCGAAUAACUUGGUCCAAAACCAGUGAUCCCAAGGAUUUCUCUACUUAACACUUUGUUGAAUGUUUCGAUCUCAAAUCUGGUAUGAGUGCCCAGUAUCAGUGAAAAUGCCAGCUUUAAAAUAACUAUUUGCCUCACUAAUCAAACAAAGUUUAGCAGCACUGUACAGUAUAUCUAUUGUGACAUUGUGGCGUUCAGGCAGUUGGUAUCCUCUGAUUAGCAACACAUCACUUUUCUAGAACAGUGGAUUCUAAUUAUGAACAAUUAUAUGUCAGUAUUAUGGCUGGCAUUGAUUGUAACAUUAAUUUUUAUUUUGUAUGUAAUCAAACAGCAAAUUACAGUCUGAUGUGUGUAGAGUGAAACAGUAUUACUAAAUGAUCGAGACAAUCAUUGCUGGGUUUUAAAAGUCAGAACAGUCACUAAAGUGGAUCAUCCUAAGGUUUGAUGCAACAAAUUACUGGUACUGUUAAUGGUUCUGAUCCAGUACUACAGCUUUCAAUACAAACCUCAAACAAUAAAGUCCUUUCGUUUCAAAUACGCUCUGCUCCAAACGCGAGAAAGAAGUAUUUGUGUAGCACCUUUAACUUUGUAAAAUUUCCCAGGGUGCUUCACAACUUUGUCAAAAUAUGACCUAUCAUUGCACUGGAGGGGUAUCUUUUAAGAAGGUGAAGAGGUUAAUGGAGGGAUUUCCAGAGUAGUCAGCUGGAGGUAUGCUGCCAUUGAUGGAGUCAUUCAAAUCUGGGAUGCACAAGAGGCAGAGUUAGUGUGCCAAUGAAGAGGAGAUCACAGAUAUAGGUGGGGUGGGAGAGGGAUUUGACGCACAAUAUCAGAGGAAGAAGAACAUUGAAAAUAUUGCAAAAUUUAGGUGCCUGACAGUAUGCACUGUAAUACAUUCAGGUGUAUAGAACAAUUAUAGACUGUUAUUGGACUGGUGUGGGUAAUAACGUUUACCACACAAGGUUGGCCUUGUGUACAAAACUAAGAGUGUCUCUUCUUGGAGCCACAUCUUGUUUGGUUUUAAGGCAGAAGACAGCAGUAUGGAACGGGUAAACAAACAGGUCAUUUGGAUCUCAGUGUGGGGAUGGGGAAAGGGUUUUCAUUGAGUUGUUGCAUUGGGGGGGGCAACAGGUCGAUGAUGUGCUCCUGGUUAGGAGUCAUACCCACUGAAACAAGCAUGGGAACUCUUAAGUGUGUAGGUACCAUCCGAGAAUGUAAGGACUGCAAAUGUAAUACAUUCAGCUGAAGCUCUUAGUCCAGCUUAGUGCAGCUAUUUUUCCCUGGACUGCACUGCCUGUAAGGGCAGCAGAGGUAGUUACCAUAACGACUUUGAAAAGAGAACUCAAUAAAUGCUUGAAGUGGAAAAUCUGCACGGCCAUGGGGAUAAGAUGGGACAUAGUGUGACUAAUUGUGUUGCACUUUCAAAUAGCUCAGAACAGAACAGUGGCAUUAUUCUUCGAUUCUAUAAUAAAAAAGAACAUACUGUAAGAUGUUGAAAUCUGAAACAAACACCGAGAACUCUGGCAAAACUCAGCAGGUCUGGCAGCAUCUGCAGAGAGAGAAUCAGAGUUAACGUUUUUGAUUCCAGUGUGACUCUCCUUUGGAACGCAUUUAUGAAGAAAUCAUAUCACUCAAAAUAGUUGCUGAUAGAUCUGUUGAGUUUCUCCAGUGUUCUUGUUGAUUCCUAAAUUGUUGGAAAGUGAUACAUUCAUCCUGUUAAUGUCCCAGCCAAUUCUCCUUAAAUUACAUGGGUUUUCCAAUGAACGAAUUCAAGGUUUGUCACCGUUUUUUGCCGCUUGGGGUGGUGGUAGUGUGGGGAGUGCAACUGUGGCUCCUUGAAAUCCAGUACAGAUUCUGCUCGACAGUUUUGUUUGUGGAUCUAUGCAGCCUUAAACCAAGACAACAAGGCUGAAUGCAGCAGGUAAAUUGGCAACGCUGCCAGAAACCAAAUCGAUGAUACCACUUGGAGCUGAAACUUGAUCUUGACAUUGCUUUCAGGGCUGGGCUCUAUAUUGGAAGGAUUGCUUUGAUAAAGAUGUUGUAUUGACUAGGGGAACUCGUGGCAUAAUGGUAAUAACACUGGGCUUGUAAUCCAGAGACUCCAGGCUAAUCAGCUGGGAUGUGGAUUCAAUUCCAAAAGUGGCUGAUGGCUUAAAUCUUAAUUCACUUGAAUUUAGUUAACAGCAAAAAUAAUUGGAAUUAAAAUAUAGUGUCAUGAUGGUCACAAAAAUGUGGUUGAUUGUUUGAGGCAGGGAGGAAUCCCAUCUGGUUCACUAAUGCCCUUUAGAGAAGGCAAUCUGUUACCCUUAACUAGUCGAUCUACGUGUGAUUCUGAAAUGGUCCGAUAAUGCCACUCAGUUAAAGGGGCAAAAAAGGAUAGGCUCACUCAGCAAGUGAAAGCCAUACACCACAAAAGUUUAAAAAAAGUUGUUCCUGUUUUGUUUUAUGGAAGUUAAACCCAGUGUUUAUACGGGUUGGGUACUUUAAGAGUGUUUAAAUGGGAUUUGGAAACAAAUGUGCUCUGGUCUUUGUUGUGUCCUUAGAAAAUUAAGGAUCAUUAAAACUGUCUGAGCCUAAAGUCUGUACAUGAAAACAGAUUGAGGAGACUGCACAAUCAGUUGAUGAUUUUUGGGCACAAGACUGGCUGAUGAAAUAUUGUUUAUAAGUAAGGCAGAAAAUUUAUCAGCUGUAAAAGCCGUCAUUUACACGUUGUUCUCACUGUUGAGGUUAAAAUUGAUUUUAAACAAAACAGAUUUAGUUCUCCCCAAGAUUACCAUCGGGAGGCACAUCAAUACUCAACAGUAAAUAACAAGAAUGUAGGAGUACUAACUUAAGAUGAUGGAAUCUGUGCUGAAAAUAAAAAGUGCUGGAGACCGCAGUGGGUCAGGCAGCUCUGAUGAAGAGUCCUCUAGACUGGAAACAUUAGUUUGCUUUCUCUCCAUGGAUGCAGCCUAACCUGCUGUGGGCUCGAGCACUUUUUGUUUUCAUUAAACAACCAGAAGGUUGUUUCAUAGGAUGCAACUGCGAAAGAGGUUAGGGCUGGUAAUUCCACGUUGGAACUGUCAUUAAGAUCAGUAACCUGUGCUGUGUAUAGUUUUAGUCGCUCACCCUCGGACCUGCCUCACCAGUCAGGCUGACCACAAAUAGCAGUGACCAAACAAUGUUUCUUCAACAAGGGAAUGUGUCCCUAGGCUCCACACAGGAAUGUGCUAUCAGACAACACCAGAGGUGUUAAUGCUAUCAGUGUGAUCUAUCUGACAGCAUGGAGUUUGCAGUCCUGCCAGAGACCAGCAACUUGUUGCAGAAAGGGAGGUGACGGGUGAGGAGCAAAGAUGUGAGUAAGGAGGUGCAGAGGAACUUGCACAAAGCAAACAGAUUGUGCACCACGCUCCCCAACACCUUAACUCUGCAAACGUCUGCAGCAAGCUACAGCCAGAGGAGGGGCUGCCAUGAACACAGCUGUUAGGGUUAGAAAGCAAAACCUGCAAAUACUGCACACCCUGAAUCAAAAACCAACAACACACAGUGCACCCAUUGGUAUCUGUAAAGAGUAAAGGUUUAGUACCUCAGGUGUGUAUCCGUCAUCAGAAGUACAGUGGAACCACUCGCCGGUCUUUAUUCUUCACAUUCUGAUGAACCUCUGGUAUAUUUACCAACUCCUUUGUCUUUUCAGAACAGACACACCUUGGCAAUCCAGGUUGUGUUAGAAUUUUCAAGACGGUUAAACUGGUAUUGUCUUCAGCCCAAAGCUGAUCACUUCACUACUUGGUCUCUGCUUAAAAUACAUUUUGGCUGUGCACUAUAAGAUUAUCCUUGUUACCUGGCAUUUUAAUUCCUUAGGAUAUGUGUUCAUGAUAAAAGGUUCCUCCAGACUUCGGAGUGACUGAGCAAGUUGGAUCCCACAAGAUCCAGUGAUCCUGACCUUGCUGUGAUUGCCCAUUUCUCAAUCAGUCUUUAUGUGCAUUUGGUCAAUCCCCCUGACUUUCCCCUCCCCCAUGCUUUGUCUAACUACAAACACAAUCGGCAAUGGGUUUACAACUUCACAGGAAAAAUCCGUGCUCUCCCAUGAUUUGCAUUAAAUCAAUGGAACAAAUGUGUUUAGAGCACUUACAAUCUUUGCUUCUCCAUGUUCAAUCUCUUGGCAAGGCUUAAAGAUCUCGGCUUUACUUCAGGUCAUUGCACACCCCCUUUCAGUUUACUCCGGUCUUACCUAUCUAAGGAAGCAGACUAAUCCAUGGCACACAACAUUAGUCCAUAACAUCCACGGCACCAUCCUUUCAAUGGAAUAGCACAUGUUGCUUGUGAUUUGGUCAGUUGGUGUCUGUAUGAAGGCCUAGCAUUGGAAGGCUGUUAGUUUGAGUAACUAAAAGUCAGCAUUGUCUUACCAGACCAUAGGGCCCCUCUCUCAUUAGGGGUGGUGUAACCCGAGCAUCACCAAGCCUCAGGUGAGGGGAGAAGUUGAAAAGGUCAGUCCUUCUUGAGAAGGUAGUUUCAGUCAGUGCAGGAAGUGAACCACAUUGCUGGUGUCACUCUGCAUCGCAAACCAGCCAUCCAGCCAAUUGAACUAACACAGCACUCACCCUCACUAGUGAACCAGAUGGACUUUCCAACAAUCAACAACAGUUUCAUGGCCAUCAUUAGACACUUCAUUCCAGGUUUGUUACCGAAUUCAAAUCGCACCAUCUGCCAUGGUGGGAUUCCAACCCUUGUCCCCAGAACAUUACCUGGGUUCUUGAUAAAUAGGCUAGCAAUAAAACCACUCAGCCAUCAACUGAAUUGAUAUUUAAAUUAGAAUUGCAUCAUUUGAUGUUCCAGAUGUUCCAGAUGUUCCUCUUUCUGUGAUGCAGAGGUCACAGGUGCUGUAACUGCACUGUGUUGAGUUUGCCUCUUGUGUGGCAAUAAAUGCAAACCAUUAAACAGCUGAAGCCCAAAUGUUCCUCUCUCUCCUGGUACAAAAUAUCGUUCUGCCCGGUCAAAUUGACAACCCACAAGUAUUUUGCUUUUAAAAAGUCCAUCAUUCAGAGCAAUUGUAAAUCCAUGUUUCUCCAUGCAGAGUGCAUCACUGACAGUGUUUUGGAUUAUAGUGCAUGACGUAUGUUUGUAGUUCUAAGAAUAAAACAAAGCUUGGACAGACUGAGAAUUGAGGUCUUAUAAUUGGAUUUAAAUUAUUGGAUUUUUAUUUUAAGUGAAUUUUCUUAACAUCAUUGCUCCCCCACUCCAAAUGAACCUUUUCAAUUGUAACCCCAUGUGGAUGCUGUAUAAUAUUCCCAUUUGUUAAAGUGCAGUUAAAGAACAGCUUCGAGUAUCAUGUAUGUGUUUGAUGUUAAACGGAACAAAAACAUGUAUAAUUUUGUUAUUGUUACACUUGUCUGUUAAUUAUUCAAAAUACUUGUAAAUUACUUUGAAUGUAAAGUGAUUUUAUAUAAAGUUUUUAAAUUUAAAGCUGUAAAAUUUUUAUAUCAAAAUUAAUUUCAUGGGGGCUAAAAGAAUUUCAGAAAUAAAACUUGUUCUACUUUUACAAACA